CUUAGCAAUGUUGAGUUCUCAUAGCAAUUCCAAGAAAAAGAGAAGUCCACUCAUUGAAACCUCAUUUAAGCUUCCUUCUGAUAUACCAGUUUUGCCACCAGGUGAUGGAUUUGCAAGUGGCAUCAUUGACCUUGGUGGUGGUUUAUUAGUGUCACAAAUUUCAACAUUCAACAAAGUUUGGACAACCAAUGAAGGUGGACCAGAUGAUCUUGGAGUUACAAUUUUUGAACCAACAGGUUUAUCUGAAGGCUUCUUUGUUUUAGGAUACUAUUGCCAACCAAACAACAAACCUCUUCAUGGUUGGGUUCUUGUAGGUAAAGAUAACUCUUCAACCACAAAUAGAGCUUUAAAAAAACCACUUAAUUACAAAUUGGUAUGUAACAUAAAGUCUCUUCAAAACAGACAAGAUAUACGAGGUUAUAUUUGGUUACCAAUAGCACCUGAUGGCUACAAAGUUGUUGGCCAUGUUGUUACUACUUCCCAAGAGAAGCCUUCACUAGACAAAAUCAUGUGUGUUAGAUCAGACCUCACUGAUGAAUGUGUCAAAUACAAGUCAAUAAAGCUUUGGAGAACAGAAAACAAGAGGUUCAAUGUUUAUGAUGUUAGACCAAUGAAGAGAGGUGUUGAAGCUAAAGGUGUUUAUGUAGGAACCUUCCUUGCUCAAUGUGGAAGGAAAAAUUCUAAAACUUUGCCUAUUGUUUGUUUGAAAAAUACCAAUGCUAUUAAAUUUUCUUCCAUGCCUAAUUUACACCAAAUUGAGACAUUAAUCAAGGCUUACUCUCCAUAUAUGUACUUGCAUCCUAUGGAUAAGUACCUUCCUUCCUCCGUGGAAUGGUUUUUCAUAAACGGGACAAUACUCUGCGAAAAAAGAGAUGGUGUCAUCAAUGUGAGUCCAAUCGAACCAACGGGAUCGAACCUUCCUCAAGGAUGUUCAUCCAUAGGUAUGUCUAGCUAUUGGUUGGACCUGCCUAUGGAUGAAGCUGCGAAAGAAAGAGUCAAAAAAGGAGAUUUACAAAGUUCCAAAGCUUAUGUUCAUGUAAAACCAAUGCUUGGAGGAACUUUCACUGAUUUAGUCAUGUGGGUUUUCUAUCCAUUUAAUGGGGGUGCAAGAGCAAAAGUUGCAUUCAUGAACAUUCCAUUGAGGACUAAAGGUGAACAUGUGGGAGACUGGGAGCAUGUGACAUUAAGGGUAAGCAACUUUAGUGGAGAAUUAUGGAUGGUUUAUUUAUCACAACAUAGCAAGGGUCAAUGGGUUGAUGCAUGUGACCUUGAGUUUAAAAAUGGUAAUAGGCCUGUGCUUUAUUCUUCAUUGCAUGGUCAUGCAUUGUUUCCUAGGCCAGGGUGUGUUAUGCAAGGUGUUAGAGGGUUUGGUAUAAGGAAUGAUGCAUGUAAGAGUGAUUUGGUGAUGGAUAUGGUUAAAGGGUAUGAAAUAGUUGCUGCUGAAUAUUUGGGAUCAGAAAUUAGAGAGCCACCUUGGCUUAACUAUGAGAUGAAUUGGGGUCCAAGGGAAGGGCCUAAAGGUCCAAAACAAAAGGAUUUUUGGAAAGGAGACGAACGGUGAGUCGUUCUUAUGAUGUUUUUCACCCGUGAUUGACCUUUUGUUUAAUAUUCAAGUCUGGCUUGGUUGUGUAUUUUUUUUUCUUAUUGUUUUUGUAUACCCUAUUAUUUAUACUUAUGGUAUUUUUUUUCUCUUUUUUCUUUUGGUAGAAAUUUUAUAUCUCAA